UCUUCCUCGGCCAUGCUUCAUUCACUCUUUCAUUUUUUUCCCCUCAUUUCUGUUACUUUUUCUUCGCUUUCUGGCAAAGUUGUGUUUGUUUUCCGAGAAAAAGAAGGGUGUGGACUCACUGUUUGAAGUUCUGUGGUUUCCUUCUCCCUGUUAUGGCUGAGAAGAGUAUCGAUAUGCCAAUGAGCCCAGAGAUGACUAAGCCAGGAGGAGGAAAUAUAAGAAGAAACUCUACAGGAACACCAUUUUUUUUGAGCAGUGGGGAAAAACCUGUCCCUCAUUAUCUCAGAGCUUCUAUUGGCUCCUGCCAUGAUUUCUGUAAAUAUGGGAGAAAACAUGCAUUUGAAGCAAAAGCAAGGAGUCCUAUACGCAAAAUAAAUAUAACAUCACAACCACCUGAUGCUAAAAAUCCAGUGGACAAGGUAGUUCAGGCAGAGAGGAAAAGGGCAACCAUGGUUAAACUCAAGCCUUCACCUAAUUCCAAAGCUGGUUUUCCUCAAAGCACCAAAAUCAUCAAGUUGGAAGUUUCAUCACCUUCAAAGAAAGUAGAAGUCUCUUUGAAACAUGCUUCAGCAAAUGCUAGAGGAAUAACUGAUGUCUCAUCAACUAUGAAUAAAGUAGAAGCCUCUUCAAAACGAGCUCCACCGAAUGCUAGAGGAAUAACUCAGAAUGCAAAACAUACAACUCCUGUGAAGCUGAAACCUAUGGCAGUGAAGCCAUUACCUUCACCUGACCCUUUAAAAGGUUCAAGUGGGAGAAGAAACAGUGACAUCAAUAUAGGCCCAAAGACAGGGACCUCCAAAGUGCUGGUGUCCCCGGCAGCUAGGUUGUCCCCCAAACAUUCUGUUGAUGUUGCAAGUUUAGAUGCAAGAAAAAACAGGAGUUUGGAUGUUGUUUCUCCUUUGAAGAAUCAGAACAGGAUCAGAAAAGCUGAGCCCCAGCAACCAAAAAACAAUAAGAUCCAGGAGAAAACCUUGAGAACUACAUUAUUCCGCAAACCUUCUAUCAAUCGAGUUACAAGCUUAAAUGCAAGAAAGUACAAGAACCUGAAAGUUGUUUCUCCACUGAAGAAUCUGAACAGAACCAGAAAAGCAGAAAUCCAGCCACCAGAUGAUGGCAAAGUCAUAGAAAAAACCUUGUAUGUUGUCAUGACGGAUACUGACAACAAAACCUUGGGCUCAGCUCCAGAUGGAAGCCCUACUUUUAAAUUGUCUCCAUCUCCAUCAUUGUCGCCAGCAGAGUCUUCAUCCCAACCAACUUCUCCAUCUUUGUCAUCCCAGGAAGAAGAAGAUCAAGGGGAGUCUGAGUAUACUAUUAGUGAUGCUGAUGAUUUCAUCUUGGAAGACAAUGAAUCUGGAAACAUGAAUGAAGCUGAAAAUCCUGAUGGGGAAUACAAAAGAAGGCCACAGAAGGCUGGGUUGGUUCAUUCUGAAGAUGAAGAAUGCUCAGCUGUGAAGCUAAAUUUCAGGAAGGGAAAAGUGCUUGACCUUCAUUCUGAAAACAAAGGUCCAAGGAGGCUCAGAUUUAGGCGAGGGAAACUGUUAGGGGAGAACCAGAAUGGCAAGAAUGAUGCUGGGAGAAGAAGCUUUAAGAGGAGAGGAGUGGAUGGUGAUACAAAUGGUACUAAGGAUGAAUCUGAAAAAGUUGUUUUGAGACAUCAAGAUGUGCAGGGAAAGAAAGAUGCGCAGGGUCUGCUCAAUAAUGUAAUUGAAGAAACAGCGAGUAAGCUUGUGGAAACCAGGAAGAGUAAGGUUAAGGCCUUGGUGGGUGCUUUUGAAACAGUAAUCUCCCUUCAAGAGACUAAGCCCUCUACAAAUACUGUCGCUUAAUUUGAAAAGGAACUUUGUCUUCUUCAACAAUGCAUUGGAUUAGUAAAGAGUGGUAAAAGAAUAACCUUAAGCUUGUCAGGGUAGAAGUGCAGUUUACAAGUUUGGGGAGCACCCUUUGAACUCACAAAAUGUAAAGGUAGAUUUUUUUGGGUGAGGCUUAGAAAGCCUGAAUGGUGGAGUUGAAUGGGGAUUCUUGUGUGUACUGAUCUUGACAUGUUUCAUAUUCAUUUCCUGCAGGGUAUGCUUUUUGCUUUCUCUUCAGAUUUAUACUAAUGUGAUUGAUUUGUAUCUUGUGAAUGAAACUACUGGAGACUCAUAUGACUUUUAUCUACCUUGAGUGGCAAAAGAAAAGCUUCAUUGCUUUGAAUUAUUCAAGA